AUGGAAGCCAUAGAAACCACCGAGAACAACCGAGUGUUCAGUAAGGCGGAACUCUAUGAGCAGAGCUUUCCAUGGACCAUCAUUGCAGGGCAGGUCUUUGCCAUCGGGUCCUUCAUUCCGCAGCACCCGGGUGGUUUUCUAAUUCGCCGCGCCAUUGGGGAAGAUGCCACCGAGCUUUUCUUGUCACACCACUGCCCUACGGGUCCUGCAGCAAAAACUUUGGAGCGCUACCAGAUCGGAACGUUGGCGAACUGGGACCAUGAAGUCACCAACGUCGAGGAGCUUUGGCGGCGUCGACCCCUUCAACGGCACUUCUGGCGUCGCCUGAAGGAGUCCAAGAUUUCCUUGACCUCCAACAGCUUCGAAGCCGAGUUUUUGGCCUGUUCCAUGCUGAUGCUUUUCUUCCUCUGGUGCUACUACUGCUAUGUCCGCGGCUGGUGGCGCCUGAACCUCUGCUGCAGCUGGUUCUGGCUCCGGCAUUUGGACGCCGGGCUCCACGCCGCGAUGCACGGCGACUUUCGGAAGAGCAAAAGGCUCCAGGGAGGUCUGUUCUGGGUUUACAGCCUUUUAUCCCACCGCGCGAUGGAGUACUACUGGGGCUCCAGUGGCUUGAAUGGAUGUGGACUCAGCAAACAUUGGUGGCAUCAUGUUUUUCCCAAUGAUCCAGGACGCGAUCCUGAUUGGAGCACCAUGACCGGCAUUGCCUGGGUGAGGCGUCAUUGGAGUGCUGAGUGGCACCCAUGUCAUCGCUGGCAGUCUUUGUAUUGGCUGCCUGUGGCCAUGUUCGUAGAGCCUUUGUUGGAACUCCUGCAGGUGACCUGUAGCAUCCUGGAGGCCGUUGCAUCACUGAUGGAACCACCCAUGAAGACACCCUACUGCGCCCGUGUGGCGCGCUUCUUGGGACUCUCUUGUGAGGUGCUUCUGAACCCUGGUUUUCAGCUCCUUUCCUUCUUUGCACAGCCCUUCUGGCAAGCCUUUGGAGUCUUGCUGCUGGUUCGGGCCAUUAGCCGCCUCCUGCUCUACCCCUUCUCGGAGGUGCAACAUUACAUGCCGGAGCACAUCCUUGCGGCUGAUCAAGAGGUUUUCAAAGACAUGCCAGAGUGGCUGGUGGGGCAACUGACCACAACAGCCAACUUGGAGUUUCGACAUCCUUUGACGUGGCUUGUGGACUUUCUGAUGUUCCACGGUGCGACAUUCGGAUGGCGUGCACUUCACGGGAUGGACCUGAUGGACCGAAAUGCUGGGGACAGUCAUCAAAUCGAACAUCAUCUGUGGCCCGCCAUGAGCUUCGUGCAGUACCGCAACGCCGCGGAGGUGGUGCGCGCCACGUGCCGAACACUGCAGCUGCCAUACUACAGCAUUAGCUAUGUGGACGGAUAUCGCAAGAUCUGCCAGCAGGUGCGAGAGCAUCAAGAGCCAAGUCCAAGGCCGGUGCUCUCUGCGAAGCGGACGCGGACACCGCAGGAAGCUUCUGACAUGGAGGGCAGUGAAGACUCUGAGCUGAAGCGAAGGACCCGGCGUAAGAAGGACAACGACAACUCGUCCUCCAGUUGAGCGCAGGGAUGAUCCUGCUUGGAUGGAUAUCAUGGGCAAACGCUUUCUGAUGAAAUUUUGAAAGAGAAUCAUUGGGCAAAAAUGAAAUGAUAAAACCACCUUCUGAACAAGGGCACAAGAAGUCCCGAUGCCCAACUGACACAGGUCGCCAGUGCAGCUGGGGAAAA